AUGACGGCUGAUGAGAAUGUAGCCAGGCCCAAAGUGAACAGUACGACGGCUGGUGAGAAUGUACCCAGGCCCAAAGUGAACUAUACGAUGGCUGGUGAGAAUGUAGCCAGGCCCAGUGUUGACGUCGCACGAGUCUUUGGAUUAGCCGGCGUGUUGACAGACCCCAUACGUGGCCGGUUGCGUCCCGACGUAGGAGAGGAGAUAUAA